CAUUAUCUUUAUAUUUCAGAUCGUCUAGAAAAAUUAGAACAACACGUGAAAGAUAUUGAUAUGAAAUUUAAUGAAAUACUUAUCUGGGCAAAUGAUAAACAGAACGGAUUCCUUCGGGACAUUGGUGAAUUUGUAAAGAAGACGCUGAGCGCAGAGAAAAAAGAAAGAAAGAAAUUUGUUUUAAACAUAAAUGAAAAAGUUUUGGAACAGAAGGACGUCAUAGAAGAGUUCAAAGUUGCAAUUAACAAUACUAUAGAUACACGUUUCCAAGAUAUUACUGUUAAGCAAUUGGAAUAUGAAGACACCAUUGAAUGGUUCAAAGUUGCGAUUAACAAUACUAUAAACAACCGUUUCCAAGACAUGGCUGCUAGUCAAGUGGAAUAUGAAGAAACCAUUGAAUUCUUUAAAGUUGCAAUUAACAAUACUUUUGGCACAAGGUUCCAAAAUCUCACUGCUAAGCAAGUCAAAGACAGGGAUGAAAUAAUGGAGACUUUGAAUGAAGUGAAAAAGGAAACAGCAAGUUUCAUCAAAACAAUUUUUAACAAUAUCUCUACAUUUGAAAAUGAGCUAAUGAAAGAUGUUAAUGGACGAUUCGAUAGUUUUAAGAAAGUAAAUAAUACCAUCCAACGCAUUUCCUCAGAUCUUGAUUUAGUUAACCAAAGGGUAGAGAAGACCAGAAAUAUGGUAGACACACUUGGGAAAGUGGUGGAAGAUGGCCAAGUGCGAUUAGUCAAUGGGUUAAACAAAUAUGAAGGGAGACUGGAAGUAUGGCAUGAUUGGUCUUGGGGAACAGUAUGCGAUGAUGGGUUUGAUUUGCAGUCAGCAAGUGUUGUUUGUAAGAUGCUGAAUUAUCAACAGACCAAUCCUGUUGUAUUCAAUUCCGCGUUCUUCGGCGCUGGGACAUUACCAAUACAUUUAGACGGCGUUUCAUGUUUUGGAUAUGAAACAAGCUUAUCUCAAUGUCUGCAUAAUGGUUGGGGGAAAGAAGAUUGUGUUCACUCUGAAGAUGUUGGCAUAUCAUGUACACCAGUUCGAUUGGUAAACGGAUCAAAUGAACAUGAGGGGAGACUGGAAGUAUGGAAUAAUGGGACUUGGGGAACAGUGUGCGAUGAUUAUUUUGAUGUGUUAUCGGCCAGUGUUGUUUGUAGGAUGCUGAAUUAUCCACACACGAAUCCUCUGGUAUUUCGAUCCGCACAUUUUGGUGCUGGUUCAUUACCAAUACAGCUUGAUAAUGUUAAAUGUAAGGGAAAUGAAACAAUGCUUUCUGAAUGUUCGCAUUAUGGUUGGGGAAAACAUAAUUGUGAUCAUGAUGACGAUGUUGGCAUAUCUUGUUCAUCAGUACGAUUGGUCAAUGGGUCAAAUCAGUAUGAAGGGAGACUAGAAGUAUGGCAUAAUGGUACUUGGGGAACAGUAUGCGAUGAUGGGUUUAAAAAGCUGUCAGCAAGUGUUGUUUGUAAAAUGCUGCAUUACGCACAGGCUGAUCCUGUGGUGUUUAGGUCCAAUUAUUUCAGCACCUUACCAAGACAUUUAGACAAUGUAGAAUGUACGGGAUCUGAAACAAUAUUAUCUCAAUGCUCCCAUAAUGGCUGGGGACAACAUAAUUGUGGUCAUAGUGAAGUCGUCAGCAUAUCAUGUACACCAGUUCGAUUGGUCAAUGGGUCCAAUGAAUAUGAAGGGAGAUUGGAAGUAUGGCAUGAUGGUUCUUGGGGAACAGUAUGUGAUGAUGAGUUUGAUACGCUGUCAGCAAGUGUUGUUUGCAAGAUGCUGGGUUAUCCACAGGCAAAUCCUAUGGUAUUUCGAUCAGCAUUCUUCGGCGCCGGAACAACACCAAUACAUUUAGAAAAUGUUAAGUGUACGGGAACUGAAACAAGCCUAUCUCAAUGUUCGUAUAAUGACUUGGGAGAAAAUACUUGUUCACAUAGUGACAAUGUUGGUAUAUCAUGUCCACCAGUUCGAUUGGUUAACGGGUCGCAUCAAUAUGAAGGGAGACUUGAAGUAUGGCAUGAUGGGUCUUGGGGGACAGUAUGCGAUGAUUAUUCUAAUGUGCAUUUGGCAAGUGUUGUUUGUAGGAUGCUGAAUUAUCCGCAGACGAAUCCUCUGGUAUUCCCUGUAGCACGUUUCGGCGCUGGGACAUUACCAAUACAAUUAGACGAUGUUAAGUGUAAGGGAACUGAAACAAGCUUAUCUCUGUGUCUGCAUAACAAAUGGGGAGAACAUAAUUGUGAUCACAAUGAAGAUGUUAGUGUAUCAUGUCCACCAGUUCGAUUGGUUUCCGGGUCAAAUGAGUAUGAAGGGAGACUGGAGGUAUGGCAUGAUGGGUCUUGGGGAACAGUAUGUGAUGACAGUUUUACUGUACGAUCAGCAAGUGUCGCGUGUAGGAUGCUACAUUAUCCACAAAAUGAUGCUCUGGUAUUCGGGUCCGCACACUUCGGUGCUGGUACAUUACCUAUUCAUUUAGACGAUGUCAUAUGUUCGGGAGAUGAAACAAGCUUAUCUCAAUGUCUGCAUAAUGAUUGGGGUAAACAUAAUUGUGGUCAUUCUGAAGAUGUUGGAUUAUCGUGCUCACAAGUUAUUCGAUUGGUCAAUGGGUCACAUCAAUAUGAAGGGAGACUUGAA